CGAAUCCAAAACCCAUUAUUUUACUCUCUCUCCUCGUUCCCACGCUUUCUCUCUCUAAAAUGAUGACGAUGAAGAAUCCUCCUUUUUUGUAUAUUCAUAUUCAUAUCUGUAUAUUCAUAUUCAUAUCUAUACUAUUAUUAUAAUUGUACACUCCCGAAUUUUGUAUAUAGAAAAAUGCAUUGACAACCCUUCCUCUUCAACAUUUACUUGUUGUUUCUCUCUACUUGUCUCUCGCGUUUCUCUCUAACCCCACCACCACCUCCUCUUCAAUUCGUCUACUCCUACUACUUCCACCUGUUUGUUUCUCUGCGCUGCCAAUUUUGAACACGACUUCACUAGAACCAUAUACAGACAUAGAGAGAGAGAGAGAGUUUUGAAUCGUGUGAAUUGUUGAUUUGAAUGAUGAAGAAGAGGUACAGAAAUGGAGAUAUAUGGGAUUUCGAGCACGAAAUGGCGGUGGCGGCGAGUAGAGAAGUGGUGCUGGGUUUGGACGGUGGGACCACCUCCACUGUAUGCAUAUGUAUGCCUCUGAUUCCUUACACUGACCUUCUACCUGACCCCAUUCCUGUUCUUGCCCGUUCCAUCGCUGGUUGCUCCAACCACAACAGUGUUGGCGAAACUGCUGUGAGGGAGACACUAGAGCAAGUUAUGGCAGAUGCCCUUUCAAGAUCAGGUUCAAAUCGGUUUGCUGUUCGAGCUGUUUGUUUAGCUGUAUCCGGUGUUAACCAUCCAACAGAUCAGCAAAGAAUAUUAAGUUGGCUAAGAGAAAUUUUUCCAAGCCAUGUUAGACUAUAUGUUCAGAAUGAUGCUGUGGCAGCUCUGGCAAGUGGGACAAUGGGAAAGCUUCAUGGAUGUGUUUUAAUUGCUGGUACAGGGACCAUAGCGUAUGGUUUCACAGAAGAUGGCAGAGAAGCUCGGGCUGCUGGUGCAGGGCCCAUCUUAGGUGAUUGGGGAAGUGGAUAUGGAGUUGCUGCACAAGCAUUGACUGCAGUAGUAAGGGCUCAUGAUGGUCGUGGCCCACUUACAAUGCUUACACGUGGUAUUUUACAGUCACUUGAACUCUCAUCCCCGGAUGAACUCAUUGGGUGGACCUACGCAGAUCCAUCAUGGGCUCGAAUUGCUGCUCUCGUUCCAGUAGUGGUAUCUUGUGCAGAGGCAGGUGAUCAAGUUGCAAAUAAGAUCUUGCUUGAUGCAGUUCAAGAGUUGGCUUCAAGUGUGAAAGCCGUUGUUCAAAGACUCGGCUUAAGUGGUGAAGAUGGAAAGAAUUCUUUUCCUCUUGUAAUGGUUGGGGGUGUUCUUGAAGCCAAUAAGAGGUGGGAUAUAGGGUCAGGGAAAGAAGUCAUAAAUUCUAUUGUCAAUGAUUUCCCUGGAGCUCUUCCAAUUCGUCCAAGGGUGGAGCCUGCAAUAGGGGCAGCUUUGCUGGCUUGGAAUUUUUUGACGAGAAAAUCUCCAUAGGAAGCAGCCUUCAGAAGCUGAGUAUUAGUCACUCUGAGGGGGGUUUUUUUUUAAUUGUACAGUUGAAAGGAUCAAUAUUAAAAUUGCUAUUAUUGCAACAAGGUACUAUCAUGAAGAAUUAGGCUUUGUAAGCUAAUAUCUUCUGUUUUGAUCCUAUUCCUUUUCAUUUUUCUUCUUGAUUUCAGAGAAGCUUUCUUCUCCGGUUUGUGAAGCUGUAAAGGGAACAACUGGAACCAUGAUAAAAGCCUACUUUUGUGUGUUGGAUUGGCAAUUUUGCUUUC